AUCAUUGUUUUCCACGGUCAUUGCUUCCUCGUCAGCUUUCGAACCCGCAUCGAGAGAGAAAUGUCAAGCAGAGAAGAAAAAAACCCAAACGGAAUCUGCAAAAACAUUCCAAAUCUCAUCUCCUCCUUCGUCGACGCCUUCGUUGACUACUCCUUCUCCGGCACCUUCCCGCCACACGACCCCACUCCAAAUCACGAGACUCCGCAGACGCGCUUCGAGAAACCUGACCGCCUCGUCGCGAUCGGCGAUCUCCACGGCGACCUCGAGAAAUCCAAGCAAGCAUUCCGCCUCGCCGGACUAAUCAAUUCGUCAGACCAAUGGACAGGCGGAUCCACCAUGGUCGUCCAAGUCGGCGACGUGCUCGACCGCGGCGGAGAUGAGCUGAAGAUCCUCUACUUCCUCGAGAGGCUGAAGCGAGAGGCGGAGAGAGACGGAGGCAAGAUCCUGACGAUGAACGGGAACCACGAGAUCAUGAACGUGGAAGGCGACUUCAGGUACGUCACCGAGAAAGGCUUAGAGGAAGUUAGGAUCUGGCUAGAUUGGUAUUGCUUAGGGAACGAGAUGAAGAAUCUGUGCAGAGGACUCGAGAAUAAAGUCAAAGAUCCUUACGAAGGGAUCCCCACGUGCUUCCCACGUGCUAAACCUGAAUCCUUCAAAGGGAUUAGAGCUAGGAUCGCCGCAUUGAGACCUGGAGGUCCCGUCGCCAAGAGGUUCUUGAGUGGGAACCAGACGGUUGCUGUUGUUGGGGACUCGGUGUUUGUUCACGGAGGUCUUUUGGCUGAGCAUGUAGAGUAUGGACUCGAGAGGAUUAACGAGGAGGUUACGGGUUGGAUUAGAGGAGGAAGGGGAGGAGGGAGGUAUGCGCCUGUGUAUUGUAGAGGAGGGAACUCUGUGGUGUGGUUGAGGAAGUUUUCAGAUGAGAGGCCUCAUAAGUGUGAUUGUUCGGCGCUUGAGCAUGCGCUUUCGAGUAUUCCUGGGGUUAAGAGGAUGAUCAUGGGGCAUACGAUACAGGACGGUGGGAUCAACGGUGUUUGUGAGGAUAGAGCUAUUAGGAUCGAUGUGGGGAUGUCCAAGGGGUGUUCGGAUGGGCUGCCUGAGGUUUUGGAGAUACGUAAGGACUCUGGUGUGCGGAUAGUUACGUCGAAUCCGUUGUAUAAGGAGAAGGGUGAUGAUGGUAAAAUGGGUCUCGGGUUGUUGGUACCAGCUCAACAUGUUCCUAAGCAAGUGGAAGUCAAAGCUUAAACUAAGUUGAUAUUCUCUGUUUAGAUGAUUGAUUCCUUUUUGCUAGUGAAACAGUAUUGGAUUCUUUGUAUGAACAUCAGCAGAUUCUUGUGCUCUUCUUGGAGCAUUAUUGUGGUUUCCAUUUAUCAGAAAGUAUAGACUAUGUUUGUUGUAACUCAAAGAUAUCUGGUUAAAGAUGAACUCUUUGAAUCGUUC